AUGGGUGAAACAAAGAAACGAUCUUCCUUUCAAACCAGGAAACCCAGCAAGAAACCAAAGAAGAAGACUUUCCAGCUAAACCACCUCCCUGGUUUGUCUGAAGAUUUGAAGACUAUGAGAAAGAUCAGAUUCGUUGUGAAUGAUCCUUACGCUACUGACUACUCAUCCAGCGAAGAAGACGAAAUGAUUCUUCAGAGAAAGAAACGUUACGUCUGUGAGAUCGACCUUCCUUUCUCUCAAGCCACUGCUGCUCAAGCAGAAUCUGCGAGCUCAUAUUGCCAGGAGAGUAGCAAAAAGGUUUUGAGCAGCAAAACCUUGAAAGUCGGUAGUGUCUCGACGAAGCCUGUUGGUGUUAGGCAGAGGAAAUGGGGCAAAUGGGCUGCUGAGAUCAGACAUCCAAUCACCAAAACAAGAACUUGGUUAGGUACUUACGAGACUCUUGAACAAGCAGCCAAUGCUUACGCUACUAAGAAGCUCGAGUUUGAUGCUUUGGCUGCUGCUACUACUACUUCUGCUGCUUCCUCUGUUGUGUCUCCUUCAGAUUCUGAUUCUCUGGUCUCAGCCUCAGGCUCCAAUGUUGAAGCUGUGUCAAGCAUUGAUCUUGACAAGAAGCUGUGUCAAGCUGGUGAAUCAAAGAAAUCAUCUUUCGGUUUCGACUUUGCUGAUCUACAGAUUCCUGAAAUGGGUUGCUUCAUUGACGAGUCUUUGAUUCCAAAUGCUUGUGAGCUUGACUUUCUCUUGACAGAAGAGAACAACAACCUGUUAAUGGAUGAUUACUGCGGCAUAGAUGAUCUCAACUUCAUGGGUCUUGAAUGUGACGGUCCAAGCGAGCUUCCGGACUAUGAUUUCUCAGACGUGGAGAUCGAUCUUGGUCUCAUUGGAACAACCAUCGACAAGUUUGCAUUCGCUACUACUACUACCACUCCUCUUAAUAUUGCGUGCCCAUAA